CGUUGCAGUACAGUAAUUUCUUUCUCUUACGUCUCUUCCUCUCUCUUUCCUGUGACAGUCCUCCAUCUCUGCACCCCAAAUAAAACACCGAGCUUUGUUAAUCAAUAUAUUUUUUUUAAUGCGAAAUUCGUAAAUUGAAACAGGUUAUUGGUGAUCUCCCUGGGUCUUUUUUAUUCUGGCAUACACUUUGGGAUCAAAAUUUGAGGGUUUCUUUCUCUUCUUCUUCCGCGAAAGGCAUGUUUCUUUUUAAUUAUUAUUGUUGUUGUUGUUGUUGUUGUUGUUGUUGUUUAUGGGUUUUUGUGGUAUUUGUGCUCUAGAUUUGGGUUUGGAAACAAAUUGAGAAGCGUCAAUCUACAUUUUGGGCUAUGAUUAUGUGACUUUACUUUCGAUUUUUGAUUUGUGGGUUUUUAUAUAUAUAAAUAUAAAUAUUUGAUUGGUUCUGGUGGAUUAACAAAGAAGAUGAAGAAUUUGACUCUGUUAAACAUGAAUUUUGAAAAUCAUGUCAUAAAAACUUCUCUGGUUUUGAAACGUAGCUCGAUAUCAUUCCAAUGUUAUUGUUCAUAGUUGACUAGCUAGCCUGCUUAGUUAGUACUUCGUAUCAUAACUACUUUUUUUAAAAAAAAUAUUAGCAUAAAUACUUAUUUCAAUCAAGAAAGUAAUAAGAUCUUCGAGUGACAGCUAAAGUUAUAACUCAAUUGUGUUUGAGAGGCUAUUAAGAUGAUGAGGGCUUGGUGUUAAAUGGUGUGGCAUUCAUUUGAUGAUACUGCAUUAUUAUAAAAUUUAAUGUCAGUUUAUAUUAAUGGGGUUUUUCUUUCCUUUUUAAUAGAUUGUAAUGAUACAAAGUUUUUAAAUCUGAAGUAGCAAAAGCAGGAUCCAAGGAUGUUGCAACCAGAAGAAAUUUUGAAUCAGAAGUCUCGAAAGAAGAAGACACAAAACCGAAAGGCUCCUAUGCUUGCUGCUAAUGCAGGUCAAGAUGUACAAGGUUCUAUGCCAAUGAAAACAGCGCAAAAGGCUCCUAAAAGAAAUGUGAUGAAUGCAGUUUCUCCAUUGGUUCACCAAUCAGAUAGGUCAAACUCAGAUUCUAUGCCGGAUUCUUCAACGUCUGGGAAUGAGUAUCGAGCGCUCAGGAGGAAGUAUUUGCUGCUUGAGGAAGAGAGUUUCACAUUGGGCGGAGACUUGAGAACAAUCGAAGAGGAGGUUAACACCCUUGAAAAUGAAAAGUUUGCACUCUUGGACAAGCUUGUUGUGUUAGAAGGCCUGGUUGAUCCUUCCGAGUUAAAGUCUCAGGGGAAAUUAUAACUCAUUAGUUUCUUACAUCAUCACAGCUUGUUGUGAUUCUAUACGAGUAUAUGUUUGCAGAUAUGGAUCAAUGUUGAGCUCGGACAGGUAGUCAGCUCUUCAGAACUUCUUUUAUUUUGGGUAGUAAAUGUAUGAUGAAUUAGUGAAAUGAAUAUGUCUUCUGAUCUUGUAAAUAGAGGUGGAUUAAACAGACAGCUUGCUCGUUGGUUUUGUUUAUUGUUUUUAACUCUUAGAUAAUAUACAAUGUACAAUUCUGAGAUGAUCUCGAAAUGGGAAAUUCAUUGAUAAUCUUCUUAGA